UGAUCCUGAGGACGUUUUGUGCUGUCUGGGGUACUUUUGAUAGUAUUUUGCAGCUCUUUAUCGCUGCAUAUUUUGAUAAAGAUAAUAUUAAAGAAUUGAUUAACACUGAAUCUAAUAACAUCUUUUUUAAAUUAAUUUGUAAUAUGGUAUCUUAUGGUGUAUGUAAAUCAUGUUAUAGAUUACGUGCUGAAAUCUUAACGCAAAUAUUUUCAGGUAAUACUUUAUCAAAUAAUUGUAUUCUAAUAGAUUGUCAAGUAACUGUUGGUUUUUUGUGUAGCAAAUUAUUCGCACAGUAUCCAACGUUCCGGGAAGUAUCAAGAUGUUUGAAUUGUUGCACAGAAAAAUUGAAAGUGCUUCCACUGGUCAAUGUUGAAUUUAAUGCAUUCAUACGCAAGGACUUUGCGCAAUUAGAAAAGGAUAUUAUUAUACUACCACAACGAUGCAAUCAAACAAACUGUGAUGGUCUCGAAAUUACAUCCAUUUCGCAUACAGGAUACUUUCUCAUAUUCGAGGUUUACUCAAAAGAUGAGGAGUCGUUCGAUGUCAGAUUGGACGAUAUUCCCAAAAAAAUAAAGUUCUCUUUUAUGACGGAAGAACAUUCUCUAGUAGGCAUAGUAAAUUAUAAAUCACCUGUAAAACAUACAAGACAUACAAAUGAAGACAUUGGGCAUUAUACUGCACUAUGUCACAGAAAAAAUAAGAAAUGGGUACAGUAUGAUGAUUGUAAAGACUCAGAAACUAUUUUAAAUGAUAAAUAUGUUGCAUGUCCACACCUCAUUUUAUAUUCAACAUAG